AUGAAAGUGCAGACGAGAAGCUCCGAGCUUCUAAAGCCAAUCUAUGAGAGUAAUAUUCCUCCCUCAAACGCUCACUACAUUCCACUCAGUGUCUUCGACAGGGCUACAUACAACAUGAAUAUAGCUGUAAUCUAUGUGUAUCGCCCACCAACCCCACCAAAUGCAACGAUACAACAAGGGCUCCAGAAGGCCCUAACGGAGUACCGUGAGUUUGCCGGCCGGUUGGGUACCGGCGACAAUGGCGACCCUGUCAUUCUGCUCAACGAUGAAGGCAUAAACUUCAUUGAAGUAUGGGUGGAGUGCACCCUUGAUGAGAAAAUCCCACUUAACCCAUCGGCGCUACUAAGCCUUCAUCCUAGCGUGGAGGGGGUAGAUGCUUUGCUGCAAGUUCAACUCACGAAGUUCGCUUGUGGGUCGUUGGUGGUGGGGCUUACAUCCCACCACCAAGUUGCAGACGGCCAAGGGACGAGCAACUUCUUGGUAGCCUGGGGGCAGGCUUGCCGAGGCGUCGAGAUGAGCCCACGCCCAUUGCACAACCGAACCAUCUUUGUUCCUCGAGAGCCCCCCUUGUUCCAGUUCGAGCACAGAGGGGUUGAGUUCACUGACACGACGCUGAUCAACAACAAAGCAUAUCCACCUCUAUCUAAAGCUUUAGUCGGAGAUCUCAUCAUGCACAAGGCUCAUCUAACACUGGAGUUUUUAGACAAGCUCAAGGCUGAAGCUUCUUCUUCUUUGGCAAACGGCGGUGGUAAGCCUUACAGCAUGUUCGAAAGCUCGGUUGCUCAUCUUUGGAGGACUGUAACGAAGGUUCGUGGGAUUAGUGGGUUUGAGAGGACACAGAUUAAGAUCUCAGUGAAUGGUCGAGCAAGGCUGAGGCCGCCUGUUCCCAAUGAGUACUUCGGGAAUUUGGUGCUCUGGGCAUUGCCAAAUGCUAGGGUGAAGGACCUGCUGCGCGAGCCUUUGUCCUUCGCAGCAAAGCUGAUCCACGAUGCAGUUGGCAAGGUGAACGACAGUUAUUUCAAAUCGUUCAUCGACUUUGCAUCAAGCCACAGGGCGGAGGAGGAGGGUCUGGUUCCAAACGCAGACGCCGAUGAAUUGGUUAUGUGCCCCAAUUUGGAGGUGCAUAGUUGGCUAAGGUUUCCAUUCUACGACCUGGAUUUCGGUGAAGGGGGUCCUUGCCUUUUCCUGCCAUCUUAUUUCCCUGUAGAAGGAGAGAUCUUUCUUGUCCCUUCCUUCACGGGAGAUGGAAGCAUUGACGUGUUUCUUUCUUUGUUCAGAGACAACUUGGCUUACUUCAAACAGUUAUGCUACUGUUUACAUUAG